GGCGCGCGCGCUGUUACAUCGGGGUUACACAAGUUGUGUAGCGCCCCCUCUCUCGGCGGCCCGCCGGUAGCCCCAAAAAACCAUCGUCCCCCGUCAUAAAGCGCGCUUGCGCGGUUGUGGCACGCUCGUGCUCGUGCAUAAUAAAACGCGCCUGGUACUCCUGAGCGCGCGCGCGCGCGCGCGCGCGUUGCUCAGUUUUGGAGGCCCGCACGAAAGUUCUUUCCCCCGGCCGUGUCUUCCUCCCUUCGCGCUCCGUCCGCAUUUCCCUCGAGCCCCGAACCUCGUGCCGUUGUCUCAGAACGCCUAUAAAUCAUCGACGAAAAAGUGCGCGCACCCUGUAGCCGACCCAUUGUUCGUGCGCCGUCGCCUCGUCGGAAAAUAACCGUCCUGCCGGAUGAGGCGGCGAACAGGCGGGUCGAGGGUCGCUGCUUCUGAAGAGACAUGGCGUGGCGCGUGUAAGGAGCGACGUAUAUACCGCGUCGUCGAGGAAAAAAAAAAAAAAAAGAAUGAGCACCGAACGGCGGCAAAGGGGUCGGCAAGCUACAGCACACUGGGGCCGAGAAGAGAAGAGGGAACGUAAAACCGGAAAUGACAGUUUGGGGCGCACGUAGUUUUAAGGAAUUUCGGGCGUGGUGCCGCCUGUUGUAUUUGCUUGGAACGUUCCGCUUCAGGGCUGUACUCCGUAGCGCUAGGAAGAAAAAGAAAAGCGUCAUAAUGGCCUGAACGAGUCGUUCGCCGGAGCAGGUAGGAAAAACGGGGCGGAGACAAUGGCCUCUCGAGACUCCCGUAGCGCCUGCCUCUACAUGUCGGCGGCCCGCAUGCAAAAAUGCGAUGCGGUAAUGCCUGCAAUGUUCGCCUUCUUCCUUUCAGAAUGCAGGUUACUCGCUCCAGACGCGUCUUUCUCGUCGCUAUAUCUUCUGCUAUCUGUUUUUAAGUUCUUUCUAUAAAACUCCUUGUGCUGUCGCAUUUGAAGUUUUCAUAUCUAGACUUCUUGAAGCGCUUGUAUGUUAAAAAAAAAAAAAAAGAAACAGCGAUAACUUUACAUGAGUUUGUUGCGAAGGCUGAACAACGUUCGGUUGAAUUCGAGAAAGGGGAGGUGGCUCUUCGGCUUCCAAAACGAAGACGAGUGUGCUAACGUCUUGCUCCCAUUUUUAUUUAUUUCUCUCCCUCAACAGAUGACCUUGGGGGCUAGUGGGGCCUCCAUUGCUGGCGAGAAAGUACUGUUUCGGCCGUAGCAGACAAGGUGUCUCCACUUCUGCGGCCAUGCCAGGGUGCCUGGGUGUCGUGCAGUCGCGGCUACGGUUGCUGCCUCUGCUAUUCCUGGCCUUUUGGACGUGGACGGCAGCGCGCGCCAUGUGUCCGUCGCGGUGCAUCUGCGACGACGAGAAUCUCCGAGUGGUGUGUGACUCGGCUUAUCUGGACGUGGUGCCCAUCACGCUCAACCCGAACUUGCGCGAGCUGAGCCUCGUGAAUAACCACAUCAAGAGUGGCGUGUCUUCAUUCAGCGUCUAUGGAAACCUGCGCUAUCUGGACGUCUCGCACAACCAGCUGGUAUCGCUGGGCAAGGAGAACUUCCGCUCCCACAAGCAUCUCGUCGUACUUGUCCUGGCGAGGAACAUGAUCUCGCAGCUCGACAACACGACGUUCAAGGGACUCGACGAGCUACAGACGCUGCUACUGAACGAAAACUACAUUGACAGCAUUCCAGCCGGGGUAUUCACGCCGCUCAAGAAGCUGGAGAAGCUGGAUCUGUCACAGAAUCGUCUAGUCAGGGUCACUGAACAGGCGUUCCAGGGGCUGACCAAGUUGAAAACCCUGUUGCUGCGGGACAACAAGUUUGUGACAAUACCGAGCCAGGCGUUCGCGCCGUUGUCGUUUUUGUUAAACCUCGAUCUCGGUCUCAACAUGUUCUCCAACAUUCCGGAGGAAGCGUUCGUGGCGUUGAAGCAGCUCGAGGAACUGUCGUUAGACGGCUGCGGUGUGAAGACGGUGCAGAACGGAGCGUUUCGGCAGCUGUCCGCAUUGCGCCAAUUAAAGCUGCACGAUAAUGAGCUCGAAGAGGUGCCCACGGCGACAUUCCAGGAUAUCACGCGGCUGGAACUCCUCAACCUGGGACAGAACAAAUUCCCAAGACUUCGGCCGUCGGCGUUCCAGUACCUCAAGUACUUGAGGACUCUGGAAGUGAGCGGCUCAGCCGUGCUUCGGUGCAUCGACCGAGGAGCCUUCGCCGAAAACACUGACCUCGAAAUCAUUCGGAUGACGCACAACAUCAACUUCCGGUGCAUAGAGCCCGGUGCGUUCGACGGCCUGGCUGGUCUGAAGCAUUUGAUUCUGCGGGGCAACGGCUUCUCGACUUUUGAUGAAUCGCUUCUCGAGUGGUACGAGCUGCAGGAGCUCGAUCUGAGGGACAAUCCUCUGGUCUGUAACUGCACUGCUUUGUGGCUGUGGCACAUGUGCAGUGCCCGCAACGCGACAAAUUCACCGCUCACUCCGGAGAUGUCGCUGGUCCGCUGUGGUGGUGGGCCACCAGCGCUCAAGGACAAAUUACUGAGAGACAUUGGCUCCGCGGACUUGGGCUGCUACGACGCGGUGCUUCGGCGGCAGAUCAUCAUCGGAGUCGUGGCGGCGGCUGCGAUAUUGUUCGCACUCAUCGUGGCCCUCGGUUUCCGAUUUCGGGAACGCGUCGCUGGCGUCCUCAAGAACAAGUGGGGAAGCGGAACCAAGGAGCCGCAGUACCACAAGACGCACGGCGAAGACGACAACAGCAUGUGCCAAGUGGCUCACCAGCCCUUGAAGUUGAUACCCGUGACAGAACUGUGAUAAACGCCUUGACGCUGUGGUGCAUUGCGUAUGGAAAGUGCUUUGCGCGGAUUCCUGAAGCCCAGGAUAUGUUUUGCUACAUUUAUUGAUAUGUUUUACCACCUACCCCUUAUUGUCCGACAUGGCCAUGUUAUCUUGCCGACUUAAUGCUGAACUCUGGCUACGAGGAAUUCUGCUCUAUCCGACUCAAAGAGGGUUUUAUUUGACAGCUGACAAUUGUUUUCUAUAGCCUCGCCGUCUGGAAGGUUAAUUAUUAAGCAUGCAUCUAUUAAGCAUGCAUUAAGCAUUGUUGUUUCACUUUGUAGGUUUGUUAGCACAUCGCCUAGGCUUCUCGUCUCCUCGCUCCUGUACGAGGGAAAUGUCUCUCCGUGCACUUAUCCUAUUGAAGGGCAAGAAUUACUGCCACAGCGUCGUCUUACAUAAACAGCGCCAAGAACACACGACAAAACAAUUUUAGGAGCAAAUCCGGAGGGGAAAGCAAGAUGACUGUUCGAAGAAGUGGACGCAACGUGUGUGACUUUCCAAGCAGAACGAUUGCCCCCUUCGCGAAUGCAAAGUGUUCGUGAGAAGUCUUGAUUGAGCCGAACUGUGUUUUGCCGCAGAGCUUGAGAUGUCGCGGUGUGGCCGCACGACCUUUGCCAGCGAAGUGUGCUGGAAGUGACAUUUUGGAAACCACGUUUUCUUUUGCCCGUUUACCCCUAGUAAGAUCACAAAGUGUAGCGUCUCCGUUCCUUUCCACAGGAAGAACGCCCGCAGUACUGUUGCGGUAUGUGAGGACGUUUCUGCGAAGACACGAACGAGUCGCCGAGCAGCUAACGGUGUAGAAGAGCCAUAGCUUUUUAAUAUCUCGUGGUUGAAGCGCACUCUGGUGUCCCUCCUUUGUACAUAGCGUGGAGCCCAAGUAUGUGUGGCUGCUCGUUCAUUCCUUUCCUUUGUGUGUCGAUGACGAUGAUGAUUUCCCGCUCUCGCUUUCUCUUCUUUCUCUAUUUCUGCCUUUCCUCAGCGAUCAUCACUCGCUCUUGAGCAGUGGCCUGGUUCUUUCUGUACAGAUGUAUAUUUGUGUUUGUGUUCGACGACCUUUUUCUGGAAGUGUUCCGUCGUAUUGUACUACCCGCCUACGAUUCAGAUCCUGCAGACAAAGACUGUUUUCGUGGUGCCCGGAUGUGGAAAGGCAUGUACAGAGACAACUUGUGCAUGGAAUGUAAUUCUUUCUGUCACUACAGAGGCCCCUCUCGACAUGAUUGGGACGCGAGAACAGGCUCUGUCACUCGAUAUAAAUACGCCUUGUCAUUACA